AUGGCCGUUGCUCCCCUCCGCCGGAUGAGGCUUCGGAUAGGACUCCCUCGGAUGUGGGGGACAAAAGAGAGGAAUGAGGCAUCCUCAUCUAUCAGGGGCCAGAUAAGAGAUGAGUUGGAUAGCGUUUUUUGCGUCUUGAACCGUCAAAAUGAGACGAGGGCUAAGAUAAGACCUUGGUUGGAGUUGCGGAUCCUGGUUCCUCUUCCACCGCCCACACCGCCCAACAGGUCUUGUGCCUUCUUCCAAUUUGAUGAAAUGCCUAACCCAUUUGAUGAAGUUUGCAUCAUGUUUGACUCUUGCUCUGCCACUGAUUUUUCAUACCAUGGAGUUGUGGACAAUGGCCCCAAUGGAUUUACCCAGGGUAGGCGUGAGGAAGCCAGUAAACUUGGUUCGUCAUGGUAUUUCAGUAGAAAGGAAUUAGAGGAAAACUCUCCAUCCAGAAGGGAUGGCAUUGAUUGGAAGAAAGAGUCGAACCUUCGAAAGUCAUAUUGCAAGUUUCUACAAGAUUUGGGGAAGAAGCUUAAAUUGCCUCAACUGACGAUUGCUACAGCUAUGGUAUUCUGUCAUCGUUUUUACCUUCGCCAAUCCCUUGCAAAAAAUGAUAGACGAAUAAUCGCCACAGUUUGUAUGUUGUUAGCUGGAAAAGUUGAAGAAACACCCAUACCUUUGAAGGAUGUCAUCCUGAUUUCUUACGAGUUUAUUCAUAAGAAGGACCCUACGGCUGGUCAGAGAAUCAAGCAGCAGAAGGAAUUAUUUGAUAAACAAAAAGAAUUUAUUUUACUUGGGGAGCGAGUUGUACUUGUAACACUCGAGUUUGACCUGAAUAUUCAUCAUGCUUACAAGCCCUUGGUUGAAGCAAUAAGGAGAUUCAAUGUUGGUGAUAUAAAUAAUUUUCCUCAGGUUGCCUGGAGUUUUGUAAAUGAUGGGCUGAGUAGUACUUCGCUUUGCCUGCAAUUCGAGCCUCAUCAUAUUGCAGCAGGUGUUAUCUUUUUGGCUGCUAAGUUUCUCAAAGUGAAGCUCCCUUUUGAAGGUGAUAAGUUUUGGUGGCAGGAAUUUGGUGUCACGCUACAACAGCUUGAAGAUUUUAGCAACCAAAUGUUGGAGUUGUAUCAGCAAAACCGUACUACGCAGGCACAACCAUCACAUGGAGGUGAAGCCAAAGGUAGCGCUGCUGGUGUGCGUAAUCAACAUUCAUCUGUAAAAUCUGAAGAAAACUCCAAGGAACCAUCUGCUCAUGGACGUCAUCAAGUAUCCAGGCUGUCAAAUUUGCAGCAUUCUUCCUCAACAGGUGCUCCAGGUCACCAUGACGUUGGGCACUCAAAUUCAGACAAACAUUUUUCUGGCCACAAAAUACUUCAAAAUGACAAUGGUGGCAGCAAAGUAAAGAACAGGAGUGGAACUAAAUCGGAUGCUUGUAUGGACAGAUUGCACCAUGACAAAAGGUCCUCGCCUGGACAUCAUUAUUCCAAGGCCAGCUAUGAGUCUCAUAAUCUAGCGGAAGAACAUAAACCACAUCGAUCACAUGAUAAUUCCAAUGAAACAAGAGAUAGUGUUGGUGACAAAGAUGCUCCUGGGUUGUCAACCUUGAGAAUGGAUGUAGUGCACAAAAUCAACAAGGAUAAGGUAAAAGCAGCUUUGGAGAAGCAAAGCAAAUCGAAAGGUGGUGUUUCAACAAAGAUGGACGAUGACGAUCUUCUUGAUAGAGGGCUAGAACAUGGUGUUGAAUUGGCUGUUGAGGAUGAGAAGGCUAAGCAGGAUAAGAGACAGAACUUGUCCCAAGGUAGCAUGCCUCCAGCUGAUCUUCAAAACACUAACCAAGAAAUGGAGAGCGGUCACCAUGUCAAGCAGGGUGUACCAACAACUGCUGAAGACAUGGGCUUUCCGGACAGUAAAGAACAUCCUCCACCAUUUUAUAAGCAAAAUGAUGCUCCUGAGCACAAGGCACAGCAGCUUGAUCACACGUUGAAGCACCAAAAGGGCCAGGAUCAUUCUCAAAUUGUAUGA